AUGAGGACCACUCAAAGAGACUAGCUUUGCAUGAGUAUGAUCAUCGAAUGUCUAGGAAAGGCUAUGCUAAUUUGGAAGAGAAACUAAAAAUGGAGUUAGGGACUGAAGACGAUAUUGAUAGAGCCAUCUUAUGGAAGAAAGGGCGUGUCUAUAAAGAUGGUAACUAUUUGAGUGAGACAACCAAACAACGUGUUGAGAAAAUUGAUGCUUUAACGAAAGAUGUGAGGGAGGGAAUUGUGUCCGCUGUUAGUAGAAACGACAUUUUGACUCAAGCUUUGGAGACACCUGAGCAAUCGGGCAGUGUAAGAGGUGCUGGACAAUUUGUUACACAUAAGGUGUACUUUAAUACAUCUAGAUAUAAGCCUGCAACCAAGACACAAUUGUUGGAACAGCAGUUGGAAUUGAUAAAAAACCAGAUCAACAUGUUUACUUUAUUAUUGGAUCCCGAGAAGUUGGAUCCAGUUAAACUAAACAUGAUGCGAGACAUGUUCAGAUCUAAUAAUGGAUCUGAAAAAGCUAGUUGCUCCGUCGACAAGGAGAAAAAUAAGUCUUCUAAGGAGGAGGUAUCUAAGGUGGCAUCGGAGAAAGAAAAUGAGAAAAAAGCUACUGCCAAAAAGGUUCAAAAAAUGGAUGAUACUCCACCUCCAAUUGACAGCAGUAGAGAGAGCAAGAAGGCAAAACAAUUGUAUAAAGGGGGACUGAUGAUGAGGCAGAGAGGAGCAUUGGAAGAUGACAAUGUGAUAACUUCAACAGAGAAAACAUAUAUUCCUAUUGAGACAACAAAUGUUGUAAAAAAGGGGAAAAAAUGCAAGCUAGUAGUAGACACCAAAGAUAACAUUGUUGCAAUGGGAACUGUAAUAAUGUUGGAUGGGCCGAUACAUGGAGUGCCACUAGGAGCAGAAAAUAUACGUAUCUCAGUUGAUGUGCCCAUCAAGGAAGAUGCUAAACUCCCCAUCCCAAAUGUGUCAGCUGAAAUUUUUACAAUUUAG